CUUUAAGUGACCAAUGAAAUCAAUGGGAAUUUAAGAGACAAAGCGACUGCCAGCUAUCAUCUCAUAAUCAUUUGUUUAUAUUUUAUCUUAUGUAGAUACAAAAGUGAUGUGUAAUGUAUGGUAAAUUACUAUAUUUUCAUUAAUCCAUUUAGAAGAUAUCAAAAUGUCUAGUCAAGUUGAUAGCAUGUUCCAGCUGCCAGUAGAUUUUCCUAAUAUUAAGGCAGAAAUCAAACAAGAGUAUGCUGGUGAUCCUGCUCCAGCAAAGAAAAGAGGAAGAAAAAAGGGAAGUAAGAACCAGAAACAGACAACAAUCACAGAUAGUAUGCCUGUUAGGAAGAAAAGAGACAGAUUUAAUGGGAUGCCAGAAGAAGAAGUUGUUAAACGUGUUCUGCCAGAUCAUUUGGCACCUGAUCUAGAUAUUGUGAUUGUUGGUAUAAAUCCAGGCUUAUGUGCAGCAUAUGUUGGUCACCACUAUGCAGGACCAGGGAAUCAUUUUUGGAAAUGUAUGUUUUUGUCUGGACUUAUACCAGAGCCAUUAACAGCCAAUGAUGACUAUAAACUGUUGAAUCAUGGGAUAGGUUUUACUAAUAUUGUUGAAAGAACAACCAGAGGGAGUGCAGAUCUGUCCAGGAAAGAAAUAAAGGAAGGUGCCCUAUUAUUAACAGAAAAAUUACAAAAGUAUAAACCAAAGAUAGCUGUGUUUAAUGGAAAAGGUAUAUAUGAAGUUUUUCUUGGUCAUAAAAACUUUGCCAUUGGUAAACAGCCAGAUCUCUUGGCAGGCACUGAAACAACUGUGUAUGUGAUGCCUUCCUCAAGUGCAAGAUGUUCACAGCUUCCGAGAGCUGUAGAUAAAGUUCCAUUUUAUGCAUCAUUGAAGAAGUUAAGAGAUUACCUUCGUGGAGACCUAAAGGAGUUGGAUGAUUCUGAAGUUUGUUUUCCAGAUUUAGAAUUAAAGGUUGUAAAAAGGGAACCAAAACCAGAAGUUAAAGAGGAAGCUGCUGAAUCUUGUUCAAUGCAAAGCCCUGCAUACCCACAAAAUUGUGACUCUGCCUAUCCAUCAACAAAUAUGCAUAUAAAGCAGGAACCCAGUUUUAACAGUCAAUCUCAAUAUGGCAUGCCAGUAAAUGGAAACUGCUCUCAAAUGCAACCCCCAUAUUACAACUCUAAUUACAGUUCAGAACAAAAUGGAAAUAGUCAAUAUCCAAUGAUGUAUAAUUCAGAGGGGAAUAACUCUCAAAAUUUUCAGAUGGUUCAGAGCAAUAUGGGAGAUAACUCAUUCCAAAUGUCUCAAAUGAUGAUGCAGGGGCAAUCUCAAAAUUUUCAGAUGUUUCAAGGAGCAAUGCAGUCGUCAUUUAGUGGGGACAACACAGGACAUUCUUUUUCUUAUCAACAAAGUUUGCAAGCCAAUGGAAUGAAAAGUCAAUCUACAGGACAGGUCAUGGUUCAAAGUUCAUUUCAAAGUCAAGGUCAUCCAUUUCACAAUGGUGCUCACAACUCUCAGCCUUCUAGUGGCUACCAGCAGGGUAUGAUAAGUCAAGGGAAUUUCAUGAACUUUCCAAACCAACAUCAGCAGAAUUUUGCACAAGGAAAUUUUGAUCAAAAUCCACAACCCCCAAGCGGGGAUGUGUCAUUUAUGGGAUUUUCUCAAGGUCAGCCACAAGAAGGACAAAGCAAUUAUAGUCAGCCACCCUCUAACUUUGUAAAGCAAGAACCUGCUGAUUAUAAUGACCCUCCAACUGGUAGCUGUAAUGGGCAAAAACAAAUAGAUUCCUCACAGAGUAAUAAUAUGAUGAACUUUCAAAGUCUUCAGGGUCAAGGUUACAUGUCCCAAAAUGAUGUACCUCCAAUGCAUAUCAAAGAAGAACCAAAGGAUUUUGACUUUACAAAUGGUUCAUGUCAAAGUAGAUAGAUGUGUCAUUAAUUUCAAUUUUGGAGACAAUUUGCCUUUUCAAUUAAACCUGAAUUCCUGCAUUAUAUACAUUAAUUUCAUAACAAUUUUAUUGUCUAUUUUAAUGUACUUUUAUGUGUACAUGGUAUAAUCAAAAUAAAUUUGACAGCAUUUUUUUCUCUAUAUACAUGAUAUGAAUUAAGCCAAAGUCUACGGGAAAUAUGCAUCUUAUUCAUGAAAUUUAGCUAAAUCCUGGCAAAUCUUCCUCAUGCAAGUUUAAUUAUAACAUAAACAAUAUAUUGAAACUGUGUCAUGUAGUCACAGCUUAUAUUUAUAAUUAUAUGUUCUGAAAAUGUUUUUUUAGACAUUAGAAAUAUAUUAUUUUAUUCUGGAUCAUUCAGAUAGGCUGAUUAUACACUUUUGUGUUUUGAUUGUUGAUUUAAAAAUCAUGUAGUUUACUUGCUAGUUUAUUUAUAGUCAACAUGAUAAAACAAAAAGAUUUAAAAGGAUCAUAAUUAUGUGUGUCAUUCUUGUAGUAAUUGACAUAUAGUAAAAUAUAUAUGUAGUAUUAGGUAAUAGUUUCAUUUUUUUACUUAUCUUUUUUGUCUUUAUUAUUUAUGAAUGUUUUGAUAAUUUAUAGGUUUUGUUUUGCAUACAUACAUAAUAAAAAUAAAUACCAACUGAUUCCUAUCGGUAGAUUUGAUCUCAGAUCUUUUGUAGUAAUUUUGAAAACAUUAAAUAUUUUAAUGUGCUAUUUGAAUAGGCCAAAAAAUAUAUUUAAACUCAGGGUACUUCUUGUAUGUUUUGUGUCCCGUACUUAAUCAUGUUAAUACCAGUUUAUGUAAUUGUGAUUGUAAAACAAUAUACAUAUAUACAACAUUUUAUUUUAAUUUACAUGUACACACUUUUGGUACACAAACAGUGGUUGUAAAUAAUGGCACAUUUAGUAUCAUUUGUAUAAAGCAUAGCCAAACAUGUAUUUCAUACCAUACCACAUUAUCAUGACAAUUUCAACAUUAUAAUCACAAUGUAUUAUUAUUUUUACAUCAUGCUUUUGAAAUUAUGGUUCAGAAGUAUUUUUUUUACAAAAUAUGUCAUGAAUGUGUUGUCAUAAAUCAGUAUGAAUGUACAUAUAUAAUAAUACAUUUGAUUUAGUAACAUCCAAAAUACCAUCAGAAUUUGAUCUAUAUACUGUGUGUUAAAGCAUGAUUUUCAUUGCACAGGGAAAGAUUUACAAAUGUUAAUUGGUGAUCUAGAAAUCUCAAUUCUACUAUCUUGUGUCUUCUGAAAGAAAUAAAAAAAUCAAAAAAUAAGAAAAAAUCUAUUUUAAUGCUUGUUUCAUGAAAACAAUAAUAAAGGAUAAUUUAUUGAAAAAUAUGUUUACCUUAGUAACCUAGGAAUAAUGAAUGUGUUAAAGCUUAUCAUUUGCUACAGUACAGAUUUCCAAACAAAUAGUCUACUCUUCAAUGGAAGAAAAUUAAACCUACAAAACAUGUAUUUACAGAAUUUAUGCAAAUAAUUGACAAGGCAAAUGGGACAAUAGGCGGAGAAGUUAAUCUCAUUAUAAAUCGUCAUUUAUUUCGCCAUACACACACUUUAUGAUUAUAGUAAAAUUAUUAUGAAAUUUAAAAUUUAUAUACCAUGUAUACAUUCUCAGGAUAUUAUUUUCAUGUUUGUUUAUUUUGAAAAUGUUAAAGAUGAAUUAUAUUAUUUUCGUAUAUUUUACUUUAUUUUAAAUACAGAUUGUAUGUACAACUUUUGUUUUCAUUCAUCAUGUAAAAAUCUCAAUAGUGCAAUGCAUUUUAAAAUAAAUUGUAUGUUUACAAGAGUGCUGUAUAUUGCAUUUAUUUAUUUGAAAAACAUGAAAUAUUGAUGUUUGAUAUAUUUACAUUUGUAAAUGUUAUUAUAGUGUUAAUGUAUUUUUUAUUAUGGAAUUUUUGGAUAUAUUAAUAUGAUACAUUUGGUUGUGCUUCUAGUACAAUUUGGAAAACCUUAAUACUUUUAAAAACAUGGACUGCUGGGAACAAUUCAUGAAAGCUGAAUAAUUUUUAUGCCCCACCUACGAUAGUAGAGGGGCAUUAUGUUUUCUGGUCUGCGUUCUUUCAUCUGUCUGUCCGUUCGUUCGUCCGUCUGUCCCGCUUCAGGUAAAAGUUCCAAUUUCACGGUCCACUGAACAUAGAAAAUGAAAGUGCAUGUUUCAGGUUAAAGAUUUUUGUCACAGAAGUUUUUGAUGAAGUUGAAGUCCAAUCAACUUGAAACUUAGUACACAUGUUCCCUAUGAUAUUAUCUUUCUAAUUUUAAUGCCUAAUUAUAUUCUUUAUCCAAUUUCAUGGUCCAUUGAACAUUGAAAAUGAUAGUGCGAGUGGGGCAUCCGUGUACUUUGUGCACAUUCUUGUUUAUCUUUUCUCUGAGAGAUAUUGUACUUUAAAGAAGGACUGUUAUAAGGGUACUUUUGCAGUUGACACAGCAGUUUGGAGAAAUGAAUCACAGUGUCACUGAUUAUAUUUGAAAAUGCUAUUACCGGUUUAAUGGUAGGGUUUUUGCACAAAUAUGUACUGAUUGUCAGUUUGUCUGCAUAUUGAUAUUGUUAAAUAAUAGUUGCAAGUCACAAUAUAAAACUUUCUGUCAAGUGAGCCCUGUGAAAGAGUUCAAAAAGUCCUCAUGUUUGUCUAGCAGCUGAUUUUUCACAAUAUAAAUAUGAUGUUAACUUGACAAUUGAUUUAUCAGACUUUAUUUGUGUGUUUUGCAUGAUAUAAACAAGUGUUUUCUUUGUUUUACAAGCAAGCUGGAAGAUGAUGUGAUGAGUUUAGGUCAAAUUUAUCAACCUUGUUUCUUUCAUUCAAAUGUCAGUGAUAUAUCCAGGUUAAAUUUCUUUAGACCAGGUUUAGGUAUUCUACUUCACAAAGCCAUGAUAUGAAAUUUUAUCGAGAGUGAAGCAGAGUGAUUCAGGCAGUGAGAACACUGAUAUUAUUAAUGAAUAUUGUUGCUCACAAAUAUCAUAUUUCACUUGUUGUCUUCUACAAUAUGCUUUACUCCUCCAGACAUUAUUUCCAUGUAUUACUGCAAUGUCUUUGUUUUUUAUAUCAAGUAAAAUAUGACAUGCGAUUUUUAAAACCAGUUUCUUUUUGAAAUAUAUUUUCUCACAUAAAUCUGAAGAAGCUGGUCAGACAAACAAAACAGUCAGUCUCAACCUGAAAUUGAUAUGCUUUAUCCUGUUUUUCAUUUAUUUUGCCUGAAUAUGCCCCUGUUGAAGUAAAGUAAGAUCCCUGGUUCAAAUUUGAUUUUUUAUUUCAUUUGUUUACAUAGCAUGAUGAUUUUGUUAUUCUAUAAAACAUUUGUAACUGGGACUGGUUUUUUUAAUGGAAUUGUGAAAAUUAAAUAAAAAAUUUGGAUAUAUACAUGAUCAUGAAGAAACAAAAUGUAGUCUUAAUUUAUUUUUUUUCCUUUUGAUAGGGCAAAGGAAUGAAAUUACGUAAUCCUUUUGUGUGAUGAAUUCCUACUUUCUGAGUGUACAUGCUAUAUACUUGUAGUAAUUUCUUCCACGAGAGAUCAUGGCAGUGAAAUUAAGGAACUUCGAUGACAACAUGCCCAAUUUACAAACUUCAUAUUUUUCAUUUGUUUUUCAUGUAUAACAUUCUGUAUGAAACCUGUGGCAAGGUUAAGUUUAGUUAAAGUGAUAAAUGAAGUCAGAAUGAUCUUAAAUGUUCAAAUCUGUCAUUUAUAUCUACAUUUAUAACUGUAAUAGCUGUAUUAUGACAGACAAAGGGAUACAUGUAUUCCAAGAAUGAACAAUGUGAUUAAAACAAAUCCUAAAUAAACUGUUCUAUAGUA